AUGGAUCAAUCAACGGAAAGUUUCAUCCAACCCUCGACAGCGCAGUCUCAGGCAUCAAUAGACAAUCUAACUACAACUACGACCUCCGAAACACAAAGAGCCUACGAUUGUAUGUCGUGUCCUGACGAUUCAACAGCUUUCCUUCCCGUGCGAGAUCCAGAACAGCCAAACUUCUACGACCAUUCGUCAUAUUCAUCUCAUACGUAUCCUGACGACUCAAUGGCUUCCGUUCCCAUGCGAGAUUCUGAACAGCCAAACGUCUACGAUCAUUGGUUAUAUUCCUCUCAUACGUAUCCUGACGAUUCAAUGGCUUCCGUUCCCAUGCGAGAUUCUGAACAGCCAAACUUCUACGAUCAUUGGUUAUAUUCCUCUCAUACGUAUCCUGAUGAUUCAAUGGCUUCCGUUCCCAUGCGAGAUUCUGAACAGCCAAACUUCUACGAUCAUUGGUUAUAUUCCUCUCAUACGUAUCCUGAUGAUUCAAUGGCUUCCGUUCCCAUGCGAGAUUCCGAAGAGCAAAACUUCUACGAUUAUUCGUCAUUUUCCUCUCAUAGGUAUCCCGAAGAUUCAAUGGCCUUCCUUCCCAUGCGAGAUUCCGAACAGCCAAACUUCUACGAUCAUUCGUCAUAUUCAUCUCAUAGGUCGUAUCCUGAAGAUUCAAUGGCUUCACAUUCCAUGGAAAAUUCCGAGUUGCAAGACGACACGCAUCCCAUGUCACAGCAUAACACGAACUUGUUUGAAACUUCGUAUCACGCCGCUGGAAGCAGUCAUUAUGAUCCAGGGUCGGCUAGCGUAGGUUCUGGGUCCCCUCGGCGCUUUUUGGAUUCGCAGGGACAGAAUUUGCAUGGUCAUAUACCGGUACAGGCUAUCGGAAGUGCCUAA